GAGAGGGAGAUUUCCCAAUUCCCAUAACCCGACAGAAUAGUGAAGCCCUAAUUCAUCACUGAAACCAGUGGACCAAAAUGAGAAUUCUUUUUUAUUAGUUUCAAAAGCAUAUUAGAGAAACCCCAUUUUGGUUUAAAGUUCAUUGAUUUGCAGCUUAUAAAACCGAAAAGGGUUUUUGGUUUUCAAGAUUGUUACCCUUCUAAAAAGAAGUUUUUGAAGAUUGUUACCUUUUGUGGCUCUGCGGUCAUGUACACUACUUCAUGAUGGGAACUGAAGAUAAAACACUGUUUUGUUUCUGUCAUUGGGGUGGAAAGAAUAAGGUGCUGCCAGAUGGAUCCACUUCGUAUGUGGGAGGUAUUACUGAUCAGAUUAUUGUGAAGACAGGCAUAAAGUACAAUGAUUUUGUGAAUGCAGUUUUUGACCGAUUAGGCAUUGAUCCUUCUGAUAAGGUCUUGCAGUUUACAGUGAAGUUUGAUAGGGCCCAAUUGAUACGGCUGAGAGACCAAGAAGGUGUAGAUACUCUGUUACAAUUUAAUGAUGGUUUUGCCCAUGUUUAUGCGUCAACUUCAGAGAAGGAGUCUAAUUCUGCAGUUGCUCCUAAUAUGGAUACCACUAGGGUUUCAACCACUGAGGUUGAAGCAGUCUCUCUCGGAAGUGCCGAGGAAGAACAAGUUAGUGCUGAUACUCCUACUCCAACUCCUGCAGCUUCGCACCAAUGGAUCACCGAUGGAACUCCAGAUGCUGCUUCCAACUGGAGUGAAUUACUUGUUGGGGAAGGGCAAGCUUUUGAGAAUGCGGAUGCUUUUAGGCUUGCAGUUUUCAAGUAUUCGAUCGCAAAUAAAUUUCACUACAGAAUUUUGCACAAUAAACCUAGAUACAUUAGCAUCCAUUGUGCUGCUGAUGGGUGCCCAUGGAAAGUGAGUGCUGGCAUCGAGAAGAAAUCUCAAAAUGUUUCCAUUAGGAAAUUUGUUGACUCUCACUCACAUCCUCCUCUAGAUUCAUCACAGCUGAAGCCUCGGAUCAGGAUGAAGUGGUUGGGCGGUAUCAUGCAAGAAGAAAUAUUGGGCAGUCCUGAUUGUUUGCCUCGAAAAGUGUGCGAGGAUGCUGAGAAGAAUUUGGCAAUCAAAUUGACCUACCGUCAGGCUUGGAGUGUGAAGCAGAGGAUAAGGGAGGCAAUUAAUGAGAAGUCAGGUGAAUCUUAUAAACUGAUUCCCUGGCUAUGCAAUCGCUUAACUGAGGCAAUGCCCGGAACUAUUGCUACAUGGUCGUGCACCGAGGAGAACAGAUUCAAGCGGCUCUUCGUGUCAUAUGACUGCUCAAUACGUGGCUUCCAUGUUGGAUGUAGACCUUUGAUCUUUAUUGACGUUUACAACUUGAAUGGGCUACCCAACAGCUCCUUUAUAGUUGCGUCUGCUUUGGAUGCAGACAAUCAGAUGUAUCCUCUAUCUUAUGGCGUUCUCCUGUCCAUGAAUGAGGAUGAUCUUAUAUGGUUUCUAGAAAAGCUAAAGCUUGUUGUGCAAAACCGCGAGGUCGUCAUAGUUUCUGGCGCAAGUCUUCCUUUUCUCUCCAGCUUGGACAAAAUGUUUGGUGAUGAAAACCACAGCUUUUGUUUUCAUUGUGUAAAAGAGAAUUUCAAUAAAUUCGUUGAUGGUAAUACUGCCUUUAAAGUGCAAGGGAGAGGUAAGGAGAUUGCACUGAAGUACCUGACUGACAUUGCCUAUGCACGAACACUAGAUAGUUAUAAUGAAUCUCUAGGCAAGAUCUGUUCUUUCCGCAGAGAAUUGUAUGAUUGGGUAAUAGCUAGCCAGCCGGAGCGUUGGUCUAAUGCCUUGUUCAGGAAACCUCGGUGGGAUCAGCUGAAUUGUAAUUCUAUGGAUGCUCUGAAUUCUUUUCUAGAGGAGGAGAAGUUUGGACAUGUCUUAGAGUUGAUGGAGGCUUAUCAUGAAAAGCUUUAUACGUUAUUACAGAAUAACAAGCUCAAAAUCGAACAAUGGAACCUUCCGAUUGGUCCUCGGGUCGCUGAAAAGAUUUUUGAAAAUCAAAAGGUCGGGGAUAACCUUGCAGUGACGGUUUUAUCUGAUAUCGAGUUCAAACUACGAGAGCUACAGGGCAGAGAAGAAGUUGUAAAUCUCAAACUCUGGACAUGUACAUGUUUAGAGUGGCAAAUGACAGGCAUACCAUGCAGCCAUGCAUGUAGUGCAAUUACAUUGGCGGAUAUGAACAUUUUCCAGUAUGUAGCUGAUUGGUACAAGAGGGAGACACAGGAACAUAUAUAUGCUGAAGUUAUGGAUGAACUAGCAAAAUUUGAUAUACCACAUCCAGAUGAUAUCGUUUCUUCGGCUUCUUCAGGUAAUGAUGUAGUGUUGUGUCCACUUUCACCGCAUAUUAAGAGACCUCCUGGUCGUCCCCGGAAAGAACCCAAAGGACCCCAAGUUGAAACUGUAAAAAGACCCAUACGCUGUUCUAAGUGUGGUGGUGUUGGACAUAAUAAACGUACUAAAUGCAGUUCUGUAGCACAGUAAAUUAUUGUCCAAGGUAUCAACAAUUUUAUCAGUGAACCCUUUCUCCAGUUUAACUUUCA